AUGCCAUCGCAUAUCACAGACAAGACCGCGUCAAUCGUGAUUGUGGGCGCGGGUGUUUUCGGCUUGAGCACAGCGCUUCAUCUCGCCGAACGGGGCUAUAGAAAUGUCAAAUUGCUUGACAAGCAAGCGUACGACUUGUCUCACUACUCGUACGAAAAAGGCUGCGAUGCUGCCUCAGCAGACAUCAAUAAGAUCAUUCGUUCUGCCUAUGGUGCUCAGUUCCAGUACCAAGAGCUUGCACGUGACGCCAUGACGAAAUGGAAGAAAUGGAACGAUGAGGUCAAAACGGGCAAGACGGUACCUGCAGGGUUUUCUGCAGAUGAUGCCUUGUUCAUUAACAAUGGCUGUCUCACAAUGACUUCUGGAUCCGAGAUGGAUCAGUUUGAAAGAGAGACGAUCCAAAACAUGGAAAGAGUGGGCCUGAGAGAUACACAACUGAAUCUCAAUGACCCUUCAGACGUUGCGCGAGCAAGGGACAGUGGAUUUGGAUUCGUGGUAGAUGCCUUCAACAUCAAGAAUAAGAGUGCUCUUCUUGAUACGAGGUCUGGUUUCGUCUAUGCCGACAAAGCUUGCCACUUCGCCCUUCACAAAGUCCAGAAGCUGGGCGUGGAACUUGUCCUAGGAGGGUCAAAGGGAACAUUCGCAGGUUUGCUUCAAGAUGCGGGCUCGACCACUAAGGGUGUCCUCACGGCGGACGGAAAAGCUCACAAGGCUGAACUGACAAUCAUGGCAUGUGGUGGUUGGACCCCAUCGCUGUUGACGCAGCUUGACCACCUCUGCGAAACCACCUCCGGAAGCGUUACCAUGUUCAAGCUGCCACCUAAUAACAAGGCAUUAUGGGAUCGAUUUGCGCCAGAAAACUUCCCAACGUGGUCGCACGAUAUUCGCCGCGGAAAAUAUGGCGGCCUCUACGGCUUCGCUCGCGAUCCAAGUGGCGUCGUCAAAAUUGGAUACCGCGGAACUAAAUUUACGAACCCCCAGACCCAGGCAGACGGCGCUACACGAAGCGUCCCGGCAACACGCUGGACGCGAGAGGCCAUCCGCCAAAUCCCACUCACAGCGGCCCGCGUCAUCAAUGCCUUUGUUCAGGAACAGCUGCCCGAGCUGCUAGAGUGCGAGAUGACCACCCGGCUCUGCUGGUACACAGACUCGUACGAUAACCAUUUUGUCAUUGACUUUGUGCCCGAUACCUCUGGCCUCAUGGUCGCUACCGGGGGCAGCGGGCACGGGUUCAAGUUUCUCCCCAAUCUGGGUGAGCAUGUGGUGGAUAAGAUUGAGGGCAGGAAGAAUGACUACCUCCAACACUGGAGGUGGAGGAGUCUGAGUCCAGAGGAGAUGGCCUAUAACAGCAUCAUGGAGGGCACUGGCAGUGAGCGCUCACUGCACAAUCAGCCUCUGACUGCUGGAGAGUGCUUGAGUGGUCGACUGAGCCGCUUGUAA